AUGUUGACUGUAAAUCGGGAGAGCGUCUCCUUUCUUGUUGGCAUCCUUCUGACUGUUCCAGUCGCCCUGUACGGGCUCCUUCUUCCUCCCGAUACGCCACAUAACGACUUCAUUCUAUCUUUCGAGCAUCGUGCUUACUUCAUGGCAAUGUGCUCUGUCGCACUUUGUAUCUCCGCUGGCAACACUGAGUCCUUCAGUGUAAAUGCCCUACUGAAUCCCUACAUGCAAUGUCACCCCGUCAAUAAGUACAUCGUGGCCCAGAAGAAUAACUAUCCCACCGACGUGCCGACUGUCGGUAUUAUCUCCGCCUUGUUCCUGGCCACUCUGACAGAUUUCCUUGGCGUCAAACGCUAUCUCAUGAGCUAUUGUAUCGGAAUUACGGGCAUCUGUAUGUCGAUUAUGGUGCUGGCUGCUGCCAAGAACCCCGAGAGUCUCUUGUUAACUACCGUGACAUUUGCCGCCUACUACUGA